CAUGGGCCUCGGAAGGCACCCCGAUAAUGGCAUUCUCUCUUCAAGGGUCCCCAGUCGGUUGAGAAAUAACGUAAACGCAAGCGUGGAGGGUUGGGGUAGUGGGAACAGCAGGAAAGGAGAAAGGAGAGUAGUAGCAGAAGAGCAGGAGGAGGACAUGGAGAUGAAGAAGAGGAUUAACCUGGAGUUAAGGAACAGAGCCCCGGAGGAGGUGACAGAAUUGGUCCUUGAUAAUUGCCUGUGUGUCAAUGGGGAAAUUGAGGGCCUGAAUGACACUUUUAAAGAACUAGAAUUUCUGAGUAUGGCUAAAGUGGCAUUAAGUUCACUGGCUCAGCUUCCCAGCCUAAAUAAACUUCGGAAAUUGGAACUUAGUGACAAUGCAAUUUCUGGAGGCUUGGAAGUUUUAGCAGAAAAAUGUCCAAAUCUUACCUACCUCAAUCUGAGUGGAAACAAAAUCAAAGAUCUGAGUACAGUAGAAGCUCUGCAAAAUCUUAAAAAUUUGAAAAGUCUGGAUUUGUUUAACUGUGAGAUCACAAACCUGGAGGAUUACCGAGAAAGCAUUUUUGAACUGCUUCAGCAAAUCACGUACUUAGAUGGAUAUGAUCAGGAAGACAACGAAGCCCCAGACUCGGAAGAGGAGGACGAUGAAGAUGGAGAUGAAGAUGAUGAAGAUGAAGCUGGUCUCCCUGAAGGGUAUGAAGAGGAAGAGGAGGAAGAGGAGGAUGAAGAUGAGGAGGAAGAUGAAGCAGGCUCAGAAUUGGGAGAGGGAGAAGAAGAAGUGGGCCUGUCAUACUUAAUGAAGGAAGAGAUUCAGGAUGAAGAUGAUGAUGAUGACUAUGUUGAAGAAGGAGAAGAAGAGGAGGAAGAGGAAGAAGAAGGUCUUCGGGGGGAGAAGAGGAAGCGGGAUGCCGACGACGAUGGAGAGGAGGAGGAGGACUGAGGCCGCGUCCCCCGGCGUUCCUGGGUGUGCAGUCGGGUGGCCACGUCUUCGUCUCCUGUACGACAGCUGUUCCCCGCGGAAGAUGAUGUGUGACUUUUUAUAGGAGAAGUGUGGUUUUACUAUUUUUGCCUUAUCAUUCCAAUUAAGAUUUACUAGUCUGUUAAUGAUCAGGUUGUACGUAGAGAAAAUUUUCAUUGCCCCCCCUUGUGAAAUUCUCUAGCAAUUUAUUUAGAAUCUUAAUUUUUUUAAUUCAAGCACACUGUAUUAGUCAUUUUUAGCCCAUAAUUAAACAUCACUUUUACACAGGUGUAAUUUGGUGCAUUUCAUUCAUAAAGUUGUAAAGUUAUUUAUAAAUUAACUGAAAUUACGACAGUAGUCUCUUGAAUGAUAAGUUCAUUAUUUUUUAGAAGUGACUCAGAGAUCUUUCGUUAGAAGGCAGUGACUUACUGGCCAGGAGUAUUUGGAUGCUGGUUACCCGAGUUAAGCUGGAAAGCAGAUGCAGGAUAACGUACAGGUCUUUCUCAGCAGCGGAUUUCAUGGGUGGGGGGGUGCCACUCUGUGAUUAUUGUAGUUCAAGGAUUUUAUAGUGAGUGCUAAGAGUUUACUUUUGAAGGAGAAAUUGCUUGUACUAAGUCCGAGGCAUGCAGUGAGCCCUUCCUGAGAUGCCAGUGGUGGUUUGUGUUGUUUCAGGCUUGUGUUCUUUCUCCUCUCAGCAACUUCUGUGCUGUCUUUCCCUUCUUGUUUCACUCAUCUUUCUGUGCCAGAAGGUUGGGCACCUGGUGGAUUCCCCAAAAACCUUUAGUCUCAUACCUCAGUCACCUUUUCAGACCUGUCCAGGUUUUAAAUGAAUGAGGAAGAAAUUUGAGUAUUUUUAAAGAUCUGAGUAUUGUUGAUACCGUUUUAUUCAACAGGUUCUACUUACUGUAAAUGCUUCUGGGCUGACAGCACGGGAGACCAUGAUUAGGGUGAAGGAAGAACAGACGGGAGGCUUUUGGAAGUAGUGAUAAUGUUUCUCAAAACUGAACCAUUGCCCGUUGAGAAUUAAAUUUAAAUUGGCUUCCCAAAGUAUUUGGAUACCAACCCUGUGAAGUAUCUAUAGUUUUUCUCAGUAGAACUUUAAUCUUCCUAUAGUUGUAAUGCACUACCAGAUACAACAUUUUUGGAGUAUGGUAGUUGAAAAAAAAAUUGAAACUAACUCAAUAUUAAGGUUUGUUUUCGGGCUGAUGUUCAUUACCAACAACGAUAUUUGAGAGAGAAGUGUGAGCGUGUUGCUGUCUACUACACAGACCCUGGCGGGGGACAACUCUGUCUCCCUUUUUGUCAAGGAGGCGCCAUGUCCAAGGCAUGGAGCUUGUAAUUAAUCUUGAAUGUCUGAAUUAUUUUUCUCUUCGUUUUGAAUAUUUGUAAGGUUUUAAAAAGUGCCAGCAAAUUGAAGUUAUGCUUCUCCACUGGGACACGUUCAAACCAGUAUGGUAUUGCUGCUGCUUUCUUAGUGUAAAAUGGAAGACUUGGUGUUUUAAAGCAAAACUAUGAAGUUAUUUGUGGAGAAACUAAAAAAGUUACACAUCUGGCUGAAAACACUGGGGACAAGUUUAUCGGGGCCUGGAAUCUCUAGACGACUAACAUUUUUGUCCUAAUUUAACAAUUGGAAUACCCUGUUUAGUCCCUAAGAUUUCUUGUUGCAUACUAUGCCACCUUAGAAAAUACUUAUUUUUAAAAUUAAAUCUAUAUAUUGACCUUCUUAUCAAUCAUUUUAUUGUGCAAUCAUAAUUAGAGUUCUCUGAUUUGAAAAACAACACUUAGAGCCUCCAGAUAACUUUUAAGACUUAUGUAGCUUUGUGGGUGAUAUUUUCAUGCAAAUAAGUAAGGGUGGGUUUUAUAUUGUAGAAGUUUUGGGUCCUAUUUUAAUGCUCUUUGUAUGGCAGUAUGUAUAUAAUGUGUUAAAUUCCUCAAGAACCUCUCCUUAAAAACUUUGAAGUUAAUACUUUUGUGCAACUGUGUUUUGAAUAAAGCCAUGACAGUGUUAAAAGUAAAUUUAAAAAAUGCAGUACUCCUGAUCAUUCUUUUAUUGUUUCUGACU